AUGCGUCUUCUUAAGCUAGAAGCAAAUGGGGAAUUUAGCCUCACGAACGAUAUCACCCAACCUACAACCCCUUAUGCGAUACUCUCACACACCUGGGGAGGAGAUAAUGAAGAGGUCACCUUCGAGGACCUGAUGGAUGGCUCUGGGAAGACGAAAAACGGAUACAGAAAGCUUCAAUUCUGUGGACAGCAGGCCGCUCGUGAUGGCUUACAAUACUUCUGGGUGGACACUUGCUGCAUCAACAAAUCGAGGGAUAGUGAGCUUUCGGAAGCUAUCAAUUCCAUGUUUCGCUGGUAUCGCGAAGCGGCUAUAUGCUAUGUGUACCUUGCAGAUGUUUGGACAAAAGAUACAACAGACCCGUCUUUGAAGCCAUGGGAAGCAGCUUUUAAGAAAAGUCGAUGGUUUACCCGUGGUUGGACACUUCAGGAGCUUAUCGCGCCGCCAUUAGUGGAGUUCUUCUCCUUGAAUGGCAACCGACUUGGUGAUAAGAAAUCUUUAGAGGUGCUGCUGUACCAGAUAACAGGGAUUCCUGUUCUCGCUCUUCGAGGCAAGCCUCUUUCUGAUUUUAGCUUCGAUGUGCGAGUAUCAUGGGCACGGAAUCGGGACACUAAGCGUGAAGAAGACCUCUCUUAUUCCCUGCUAGGCAUCCUUGAUAUCUCAAUACCAGUUAUCUAUGGUGAGGGGAAGAAGAACGCAUUCCGUAGGUUAAAGCGCGAAUGGAAAUACUAUAUCGACGAACGCUCACAGGGUACUCCGAGAUAUGUCAAGCGGCUAUGCGCACUGCAGCAGACGCUCAAAGGGCACAGCGACAAGGUCUACUUAGUAGCCUUCUCUCCUGACUCGAGGCUACUAGCUUCGGCAUCAAAUGAUCAGACGGUGCGGCUCUGGGACGCAGCCACUGGCGCGCUACAGCAGAGAUUCAAGGGGCAUCGCGAUAUAUUUUGCUUAGUAUCCUUCUCGCCUAACUCGAGGCUACUAGCAUUGGCAUCAGUUGAUAAGACGGUACAGCUCUGGGAUGUGGCCACU